GAUUUCUCAAGGUGGAGAAUUAAACAAGUUGCUGUCUUGGGCAAAAAAGUACCCCUAUGCCUACCCCAGAUGGAUUGGAGGUUUCAUGGCUUUCUUAAUAGUCAACCACCCUGAUUAUGCCAAAACUGUGUUUGGCCAUGGAGAUCCCAAGGGUCUUGCAACCUAUAAAUUCUUAAUUCCCUGGAUUGGCAAGGGAUUACUGAUCUUACAUGGGCCAAAGUGGUUCCAGCAUCGAAGGCUGCUGACACCAGGGUUUCAUUAUGAUGUGCUGAAACCUUAUGUCUCAUUGAUGGCAGAGUCUACCAAAGUGAUGCUGGAUAAGUGGGAACGUCUGAUCACACUGGAUAAAUCAGUGGAGCUCUUUGAACAUGUCAGCUUGAUGACCCUGGACAGCAUCAUGAAAUGUGCCUUCAGUUGUCAUAGCAACUGCCAGACUGACAGUGACUCAGACUACUACAUCAAAGCAAUCUAUGACCUGACCUACCUGGUGUUUCAUAGAAUCCGUUUUUUCCCAUUUCAUAAUGAUUUCAUCUAUCGAAUCAGUCCUCAAGGACGUCGCUUUCAGGAGGCCUGCCGACUAGCACACCAGCAUACAGAUAAAGUAAUAAAAGAGAGAAAGACGUCCCUCCAAGAUCAGCAAGAACUUGAAAAGAUCCAAAAGAAGAAGUACUUGGAUUUUCUGGACAUCCUUCUGUGUGCCAAGGAUGAAAAUGGAGCUGGAUUAUCCGAUGAAGACCUACGUGCUGAGGUGGACACGUUUAUGUUUGAGGGUCACGAUACCACGGCCAGUGGGGUCUCCUGGCUCUUGUACUGCAUGGCCCUGCACCCAGAGCACCAGCAGCGAUGCAGGGAAGAGAUCAAGGAGAUUCUGGGAGACAGAGAGACCAUUCAGUGGGAUGACCUUGGCAAAAUGACUUACAGCACCAUGUGCAUCAAGGAGAGCCUUCGCCUUUACCCUCCAGUACCUACAGUGUCCCGACUGCUCAGCAAACCCAUCACGUUCCCCGAUGGACGUACCUUACCAGAAGGGUCUCUGGUUGCCGUGAAUAUUUAUUCUCUUCAUAGGAACCCAGCUGUAUGGCAAGAUCCAGAGGUGUUUGAUCCCAUGAGGUUUUCACCAGAGAACUUGUCCAAGAGGCAUUCCCAUGCUUUCCUGCCCUUCGCAGCUGGAGCACGGAACUGCAUCGGGAAGCAGUUUGCCAUGAACGAGCUGAAAGUGGCUCUCGCCCUGACUCUGCUCCGCUUUGAGCUGUCUCCUGAUCCAGCCAAACCGCCCAAGGAAAUACCUCAGGUUGUCCUCAAGUCCAGCAGUGGGAUCCACCUGCUCUUAAGGAAACUUCCCUGACACCGCAGAAACCAUGGAGCUCCAUAUCGGAGGAUCGGGAGGAUCGGCUCAUUUGCCAGGGAAUGCAAUCAAUGGGUGUUUCACGGGAUAGCCCCACUUCAGCCAACCUGUUCCACAACCUUUCCUGAAUUCUCAGCACCAGCUGGUUUCUCUGGGGCCCUCCCCAUCCCCAGAGCUGGAGUGAGCGCAGUGCUGGGAGGAGACCUGGAUAUGGGAGUAAAGCAUCCCAAGCGCCUCAUCCCUAGCUAAGGAGCACUCUUGCCUGUCAGUGACCCGAGCAAUGCAGGGUCGAAGGCAGCACGUCUCCCCUUUCUGCAGCCCCUCACGCUGUGUACUGAGAGCAUGAGCAGAGCUUUGAGUGCAAUUUCACAUCUGUUCCCUAAUGCAAACUGUAGAGGGCAGCACUGCACAGAGCUAGCUCUCCUUCCUCCACAGGAGUCCUGGGCAGGUCUACGCUACCCGCCGGGUAACAAUCGAUCUAUCAAGGGUCAAUUUAUCACAUCUAGUCUAGACACGAUAAAUCGAUCCCCGAGCGCUCUCCCGUCGACUACGGUACUCCACCGCCACAAGAGGCGCAAGCGGAGUGGACGGGGGAGCGGCAGCAGUCGACUCAGCACUGUGAAGGUGCCGCGGUGAGUAGAUCUAAGUACGUCAACUUCAGCUACGCUAGUCUCAUAGCUGAAGUUGCGUAUCUUAGGUCGACCCCUCCCCCCCGCCCACUGUAGACCACGGCCAAGUGUCGCCUCAGCUCCCAUCCUAUGAGAGCCAGUGAUCUAGCUGGGGUUUAAGGCCUCCUUACACUGGGAUUUUAGGCACCAGUGCAAACCCCGUAGACACAAUUUACACUGGUGCACUGCAAUUUUCACUAAUGCCUAACCUCCAGGGUAGACUGAGCCCAACACUUAUCCCCACAUGGUAGCACAUUGGUCUAUUUUGCACUGAUCACCUAUCCACCCAGCCUUGCCGAGAGCUGGCUCCAGCUAAACAUCAACAACAAAGGUGUGAAUUCCUCCGCCAAGGCCACUCUCAUCCCCUAUUAACAUCAACGCUUGGUUGGGAAGACUGAAGUGUGAGCUGGGCCAAGUCUCCCAGUUGAGAGGUGGGUGAACACUGCUACCCACUGAAGCUCUGGAGUUUUGGUUUGGCCUACCUCAGAAAUAGAGGCCAGUUAAAAUUUUUGCUCCAAAUCUGAACUUUCUUCCAGUGGAGGCUGCUCAGAUCUUGGCUCAGAGCUCUCUGUAAUGUAAACACCGACACGAUGAAACAUGGACAAUCAAAGACCCAUGUAGGCUGCCUUCAGACUACACACACAGCUCUCAUUGGCCCACAAAAGUCACUCAGCUGGAGCCAAGAUACCCCUAAUUCCCCUUCUAAUCCAGGAUGGAUGCUUACACGAUCCCCAGAGUAGAGCUUCUUUGUCAUAUCAUUUACGCUAGACAGAUAUUGAGGGUUCUCUCUGUGCAUUCACCCUUGGAAUCUGCCCCUCCAAUGUAGCAAUUGCAUCAAGACAGCUCCCUUCCAGCCCAGGGAAAGAUGCAGCAAUUCCCUCCUCACUUGGAGCUGAUCCCAAGUCUGUCGAUGAAAGUCCUCUUCCCAUUGACUUCGACAGACUUUGGGUCCUGCAGUUGGAGAAUGUAAUAGCUAACUCUGCCCCUUUGCGGAUUAGCAACAUUCUGUGCAUUCUUAUGCCCAUGCGAUCUCUGACGCUGUGCCUUUGAAUGAAAAAUCUGAAGCAACCCGGAGCCGGAAAGGCCUGCCAGGGUGAGACUCAGACACCCCAUCACCAGAUGAGAUACCAAUUUGCAUUCAGAAGGAAGGGACGUGUACACAGACCUCAGCAGGAAGGGGGGGUUAGCUUGUCAAAUGCCCCGAAUACCGCCAUGCCCUGUAGAAUGCAGCUGAAAGAUUGUGGAUUGGUCAAGAGGUCUUUAAAUAUCUUUGUCAGGCUGUGAGCUGUAAACUGAGCAAACCCUAAUAUGCAAUAUUCACAUCUACCCAUCUGCGACCUUUGUCACUCACCUUCCCUAGCCCAUGCCUAGAGGAAAGCCAGUUCAACAACUUGCUGUUGGCUUUAUGUUUCUCCUCUCUAGUUCUAUAACGAGCAGGAUGUUGUCCAACUCUCGUUCUGGUUUGGAUGUGGCCAUUAUUGCAGGGAUGUCGGUGUUGCCCGAAUGUCCCAAGAUAUGAAAGACUCUCUUACCCUAAGAAAAGAAAGAGCAGAUGGGGUCACUGCUCCAGAUAGCCCCAAAGUGUCCAUGAGAAGGACUAUGCCCAUAAAGGCACCACAGACAGUGAAGGGGGAUCCAUGCAGGCAUAGAAUGAAUCCUAAUACCUUAGGGGCACUGACUGUUACAGUGGGACUGCCCCGUUAAGUAGCUGUGAACCUCUUCAGCCAUUCUCCCUGCUGGCGUGAAUGCAUGGGAGACACGACAGCUCCUGGUUGGAUGUAGGAGAGCAUUAUGACCAAGGUUCUCUCUCUCUCUCUGGCUGGCUGUGGGGCCUUAUGAAUAGGAACACGUUUGUCCGUUUUUUCUAUUGUAAAGGCUCUUGUCUCUGCAGAAUCACGCUUGGAUCUAAAUCAAACCCAUUACAGGUUAGGCACGUAGGCUUCAAACUGGGGAAAUGAGAGCUGCAUAGGCUUUCUGCUGAAAUGGGCCUGGAUUUAGUAUGAACCUGUUUUUACAAGGCAGCUUGUCCUGCACAGAACUAAGGAGCAGAAUGUUCCUAGAUAAAGCAAGGCCAUUUGCUCCUUUCCCACAACAAACUAAAGGGGUCUUUGUUCAAAACCCUUUUCUGCACUGAACAGUGUUCUGGGGCCAAGUGGAUAAAGAGAAGAGGUGCUUUGGGGGCAGUCGGCAGAGGCUUUUGGAAGAAGUCGGAGAGAAAAUUCCUAGAAGAUAACAGACCAAUAGAACGGGAGGUUCAAUGUAACAGAGCUAAAUCCAGCCACUAGACUAGGCAGUACGUAGCUGACAAAGCAGACUCAGGGGGAAGGCCCAGGCUGAAAGUUCAAUGCUCCUCUCAGACCUUGUUCAGCAAAGCCAAGGACUGACAGCUCCAUAGUAAGAGGCAGAAUAUAAUAACAUAGGUAAGAGCGGCCAUACUUGGUCAGACGAAAGGUCCAUCUAGUUCUGCCGACAGUGGCCAAUGCCAGGUCCCCCAGAGGGAAUGAACAGAACAGGGAAUCAUCACGUGAUCCAUCCCCUGUUGCCCAUUCCCAGCUUCUAGCAAGCAGAAUCAUCCCCUACAUCAGAGAAAGGCAUCUCUACACCUUCAGAGGUUUCUUUAGGCCAUUGGCUACAGCUGAAUCCAGGGACCAAAACCAGAUGGGGAAACAGUGUGUCUAGUGCUUGGGACUAACCUGUGAGGAAAGCAUCGAGUCAAGACAGAUUUAAGAAGUGGAGAAUCAAUUCCUGCUCUGUGACUCCAGCUAAGUAUCUCACACCUGGACAGAGACUAAAAUAUUAUUCCACACUCCUUAAGUAUUAGAAGCCUCGUUGGAGGAAUAGAUAAGAAAUCUCACCAUGCUAUCCCGCUAAAAGUCCUUUCAUUUACUCCAAUUCUAAAGCUGUAAUCUGAAAGCCCCCUGCAGGAGAUGAGCUGCAUUUCAUGAUUUAAUCCUGAUAUUGAAAAUAAGCAAUGCUCUAAGAACCUUUGGCCUAAACUGAGCCGAUGAUUUCUGUAACCGACAGUGGAUGCUGCUAAUGGAAUAAAGUGGGAAAUGCUUCAGAACUUG